UAUACAAACAUUUUGCACUGCACUAAACAAAACUCUCUCUCUCUCUCUCUCCGUAAGCCCUAAAACCUUUACGACCACUUCAUGAAUCGCUGCUCCACGUCAUCUCUGUUAUGGCGGCAUGGUACUAAAGUAUAUCUCAAAAACUAUAACACACACCUCGGGUCUCUUCCAGCGGUGCUCUGUAGACGAGGAAGUUUAAACAUCGCGAAAAAUUCUGCAAAACAGACAAUAAUAUUUUGUGCACUACGUCAAAAAAAUCCUAUCGAAAAAGUUUUUAAUUAAGACUGUAACCUUUACAAACAGUCGUGCGAUAGACGAUCAGCUUUCGUGCCUGAACACCCAUUAGUACAAUUAUUUUGUUUUUGUUUCCAACAAACAGGACUAAGUUUAAUUGCACUCCGACCUUUGAGGACAUUGGCAGAGAGCCAAUGCACACUGAACAGUGGGUGGGACUGGGAUCAAGGAAAGGUGACUGCAGCUGCCGACUAACCGCUGCUCACUUGUCUCCUUUCUCUUCAUCACUGACAACUGACUAGUCAUUGUUUGGCUGCUGCAUGUGCAACUCGCACCUGCAGUUCUCCCUUUGUCUACUUGGAAAGCAUCAGUUGUACUUCUAAAUCUUCAAAAUGACUUCUAGGCGGAACACCACGGGCUGCCUUAAGAUCGUGACGAAUAUGUUCUAUCCGUUCAUCUUCUUGCCCCGGGACGGCUCUCCCCUUAAGCCAACUGGCUCAAUGGCCGAAGUGAUGGAAAUCAUCCUUAAAUACUUGAACUUCUGCCACGAGUAUUUUGUGCCUCAGGAGGCACAUUUCGGGUAUAAGAUGGGUAACGGUUCCUGGACGGGGAUAAUCGGCACUCUUGAGCGUAAUGAGGCUGACAUGACCGGCGUGGUGGUGGGACUGGACCAAGAAAGGACCACGGUUGCAGAUUUUACCAGUUAUCUCUACACUGACCAAAAGACGAUCAUUCACAAGCGACCAAUGAUUGAGCCCGACAUAGCGGGAUUUCUGAAGCCGUACACAACCAUGUCAUGGGUGAUGAUCCUGGUGGCGUUGGUAACGGUGGCGGUCAUUGUCCUACUAACUGGUCGCUGCUCCCCGCUGUCUCGGCCGUCCCCAAAAGAAAACACAUCCUCCACUGAGCUGCAGGACGCCAGUUUUUGGAGUUUAGCCACAGCACUAGCUCAGUCCUACACGUUUCUGCCGCGAGGACGAAGUCAACAAGCAGUGUUGGGCAUGUGGUUAGUGUUGUCAUUGAUCAUCUCCACAGUGUACCGAUCCAACCUCAAAGCCAUGUUGAUAAAGCCACGUCUCGUCCUGCCCUUCACCAACCUCAGGGAGUUAACGGAAACUAACAUUCCUUGUUUCGUCGUUAGCGGCACCAUCCUGCACCGCAACAUUCAGGCAGCAGAGGAAGGAACUCUCAUGUGGCGACUCAACAGGAAACUCAUUUCUCACUUUGAUGUCAAUCGCGGCAUAGACGAUAUGUCGAAGGGAAAACAUGCUUUUUUCGCCACCUAUGCCGGGCUGCUUUCGAUCCUUCAUUCUUACUUUAUGAAGACAAAGACUUGCUCCCUUUACAUGAUUGACGAAAGUUUCUUCGGACCCACAUGCCUCUGCAUCGCCUUCCCUAAAGGUUCCCCGCUCCGUGAGGCCGUGAAUUCCAUAAUAAAAAAUCUGCGAGAGUCUGGCAUUCUCGAGCACCUGUUCACGAAGUAUGUGGUGCACGCCAGUACCUGCCUUCGCUCAGAUCCUACCAAUGUAGACAGCACACUUAGGCCGCUGGAGAUAGGAGACAUGUACGGGGUUUGUUUAAUCUACGCCGGGGGUAAGUGAAUAGGAGUCAUGGUAUGGAAUUUCAUGAAGCAUUUUAAAACAGUAGUGGUAGUGGUCAUGAAGUAACCGGACAAGCAAGUUCAAUAAAACUUUAUAUAGGCCAUCAGAUACGCACAAAUACUAGUGUGGUAAUCUGUAAGUGAAGCAGGAAGUGUGUGCUUAUCUUGGAUUUGGAUUUUAUAUUUCUACGAUGACCAAAAAAACAUCUAUUGCUAGCUACUGCACCACGGAGACGCUUAGGAAGUUCUUGGAUGAUCGAGAAAUAUUCCAAAUUUUUAUAA